GGAUCAAAGUCCACAAUCGAAACUCACAGUCAUUCGGCAUCAGUAAGCCUCCGUUCGUUGCUAACGGCACAUUAUAAUUUUUUUCAACGAACGAGUGGAGGUGGGUUCCAAGAUUUGAAUAACCAGGAAGAUGAUCACCGGAGUCUCGAAGGCACUCGGCCACGUCCCCAGGAGCUUCAACAAGUUCGUAAGCUUGAACUCAAGAUGUCUUGCAACACAAGCAGCUGUCAAAGUCAAGGAGAGAGACGCGAAGGCCUCGAAAAAAGAAUCUGAGUCCUUCACGAUGAAUAUUUUCAGAGGUGAAGCGCAAGUGAGCCAAGUGUUUCCUUUUCCGAAUCCAUUGAGUCAGGAACAAACUGAUACUCUGAAAAUGUUCAUCGAUCCUAUCGAGAAAUUCUUCGAAGAGGUAAACGACCCAGUGAGAAACGACGAAACCGGAGAGGUUGACGAGACGACGAAACGGGCACUCUGGGACCUGGGGGCUUUCGGUAUUCAAGUCCCGGAGGAAUUCGGUGGCCUGGGCCUGAACAAUACGCAGUACGGGAGGCUCGUGGAAAUCGUGGGUAAGCACGAUCUGGGAGUGGGUAUAAUGCUGGGCUCGCACCAGAGUAUUGGUUUCAAGGGGAUAAUGCUGUAUGGGACCCCCGCGCAAAAAGCGAAAUAUCUCCCCAGAGUGACGGGGGGUGAAUACGCGGCAUUCGCCUUGACGGAGCCGAGCACUGGUUCUGACGCAAGUGCUGUCAAGUGUCGAGCUGUCAAAUCGUCAGAUGGUUCCCACUACGUCCUAAAUGGAAGUAAAAUGUGGAUAUCCAACGGAGGAUUCGCCAACAUUUUCACAGUGUUCGCCCAGGUGCCGAUGAAGGACCCAGUGACAGGGGAGACGAAGGACAAAGUGACAGCCUUCAUCGUGGACAGGGGCUUCGGUGGGGUGACGAGCGGUCCCCCUGAGAAGAAAAUGGGAAUAAACUGUAGUAACACAACUGAAGUCUUCUUCGAGGAUGUCAAAAUCCCAGCGGAGAACGUUCUCGGGGGCGAAGGCCAAGGCUUCAAGGUUGCUAUGAAUAUUCUUAAUAACGGGAGGUUUGGGAUGGCAGCUGCUCUCUCCGGGACGAUGCAGGCGUGCAUCAAGAAAUCAGUGGAAUUUGCGAAUAACAGAGUGCAGUUUGGAAAGAAGUUGAAGGAAUUUGGAAGUAUUCAGGAGAAAAUAGCGAGGAUGGCGAUGCUCCAGUAUGUCGAUCAAUCCCUGUGCUACAUGAUCGCAGGGAACAUGGACAAAGGGAGUGAAGACUAUCACCUGGAGGCUGCCAUUUCCAAGGUGUUCGCAUCAGAGGCCGCCUGGUGGGUCUGCGACGAGUCCAUUCAGAUAAUGGGUGGCAUGGGUUUCAUGAAGCAGACGGGAUUGGAGAAAGUGCUGAGGGACCUGAGGAUCUUCAGGAUCUUCGAGGGGGCCAACGAUAUUUUGAGGCUCUUUGUGGCGUUAACCGGGAUACAGUAUGGAGGAGCUCAUCUCAAGGAGCUCCAAAAGGCAUUCAAAAAUCCAACAGCUAAUCUUGGCCUCAUCUUUGAAGAAGUCUCCAAGAGGGCCACCAAGGCGGUGGGCUUGGGCUCCGCUCCAAAUUUCUCACACCUGGUGCAUCCCAGUCUCCAGGACAGUGCUAACCUCGUGGGAAAGAGCAUUGAGAGCUAUGGGCAGAGCAUUGAAGCUGCACUCAUCAAGUAUGGGAAGGGAAUCGUUGAGGAGCAGUUUGUUUUGAAUCGGUUAGCACAGGCUGCCAUCGACACCUAUACCUCUGCUGUUGUCCUCAGCAGGGCCAGUAAAGCUGCUGAUGAAAAAUUGCCUACUGCACAGCAUGAACUCCUCAUGGCCCAGGCCUGGUGUGCUGAGGCUGCCUGCAGGGUUGAUGACAACCUCAAGAUCAUCAAAUCUGACUCGUAUUUGAAGAAUUUCACCAGGUUCAGGGAGAUCGCCAAAAAUAUUUGUGAGGCUGAGGGGGUAGCACAGAAUACACCGCUUGGAUUCUAGGAAGCUUUACUAAUUAUUUAUGUAAAAUUCACACGUUUCGAAAGAAGGAAAAUAUUUUUUGAUGGUAGAAGAGAAGUUUCUAGAUUAAUAUUUUUAUUAUUACCCCAAGAAGGCAUAAGUUUUCUCAUUUUUUUGUAAGAUCAGGAAACUUUUUAUCUAUAGGUGAGGAAAUUCCAUGAUCCAAUGUUGAUAAAUGUUUUUUGAGAGGAUUUAAAUUAGUUGCAUAUUUUUGAUAAAUUAUUGAGGAAUAAAGUAAUAAAGUGAUUUUUUUGAUUCGGAAAUCGUCAUUAUUUUAUUGAUUUCUUAGUGAUUGGAGGAAAAUUUGUGGUAAUGCAGUCAAUGUUUAUUAAUGGGAUUGUUGAAAGGUUUUUGACACUUUUAAAUAAAUUUGUAAGAUAUUUUUUGAGAAGAUCUAUCCUAUUUAUAUAUUUUUGAUAAAUUAUGGAGAAGUUGAUUAAUAAAGUGAUUAUUCUUGAA